AUGAACCAAGUAACAGCACCCUUAGUCGCUGCAGCUGUUGCAGGUACAGCAACAGCAGCAGCGUAUAUAAACGCUAAAUGGCAUAUAUCCAACGAUAUCAAAAAUAUCUGGACCGUCAAAUCCGGCGAAUGGGCCGUAAAACGAGCCAUCGCCAAUGCCCGUCUAAACAUCUUCUUCCUCUUCGAAGACACCGCCACCAAAUACCCGGAUAAAGUUGCUAUAUGGUCCCGCGAACGAUCCUACACAUAUCGCGAGACACUCGAGAUCUCAUCUCAACUAGCCCAUUAUUUCCUCUCUAUCGGUGUCCAGCCAGAGCAGCUAGUAGCAGUUUACCUGAUGAAUAGUCCCGAAUUCAUUUUCAUCUGGCUGGCCCUCAUGAGCAUCGGAUGCGCUCCCGCAGGGAUAAACUACAACCUGAACGGGGACGGAUUAACCCACUGUCUCAAAGUACCCAAUUCCGCAUUCGUAAUUGUCGAUGACGACGCUGAAUGUCGUGAACGAAUUGAAUCUGUGCGUCCGAUUCUUGAGAAUGACCUGAAUAUUACCAUCCUGUCGCUCAGUGAGGUGAUGCAAAAGGCCGGGGAGUUUCCGAGAUCGACACCGGAUGAAAAGUAUCGAUUGAAUGUUAAGCCGUCGUUUCCGUUGAUGCUGAUUUAUACCUCUGGUACGACCGGUCUUCCUAAAGGAUGCGCUUUUACGACUAGUCGUUUCUAUGCUGGUGCCAGUGUAGCCCGUCCAACGCAAGAUCGAUGGUAUUGCUGUAUGCCACUCUAUCACGGCACAGGCGCAAUCUGGUCUUUGGCACGACUCGUUAGCGGCACCUCAAUCGCAAUUGGGCGCAAGUUCAGCGCGAGUAAUUUCUGGAAUGAUGUGCGCGACUCAGAGUCUACAUGGUUCAUAUACGUUGGCGAAACGGUCCGAUACCUCCUCAACAAUCCGCCCUCUCCCCAGGAUAAGGAGCACAAGAUAUACGGUAUGUUAGGUAACGGCUUGAGACCCGACGUCUGGGAACGAUUCCAGCAACGAUUCGGAGUUCAAGAAAUCAAUGAAUUCUUCAAUAGCACCGAGGGAAUGCUCGGAUUGAUGAACGUCAAUCGUGGCCCGUUUACUACCGGCGCAGUCGGACAUCAUGGUCUAUUACUUCGACUACAUUACCAAAAUCAAUACAUCCCCGUCGCCAUCGAUCACGAGACAGGUGAUAUAUGGCGGGACCCAAAAACGGGAUUCGCAAAACGCCAAGCCUACGAAGAAGGUGGUGAAAUUCUGGUUGCGGUUCCGAGCAAGGAAGCUUUCCAGGGGUACUGGAAGAAUAACACUGCAACAUCCAAGAAAUUUGCACAGGACGUUUUCAGAAAGGGGGAUUUGUACUACCGGUCUGGUGAUGCACUACGGCGCACAUCCGACGGAAGAUGGUAUUUCAUAGAUCGCUUGGGGGAUACAUUUCGCUGGAAAAGCGAAAAUGUCUCUACAGCCGAAGUCGCAGAAACCAUAGGUCGCUAUCCCGGUGUCACGGAGGCGAAUGUAUACGGCGUCCUUGUCCCCAAUCACGAGGGGAGGGCUGGAUGUGCUGCACUCGAUUUAUCGGUGAGAGAAACCGAGUUUGAUUGGAAGACAUUUGCGAGGUUUGUUUGUGAGAAGUUGCCGCGAUAUGCGGUUCCGGUGUUUUUAAGAGUCACGAGGAAAGGUGCAAGACAUACGCAUAAUAAUAAACAAAACAAGGUACCGUUGAGACAGGAAGGGGUUGAUCCUGCCUUAAAAGGUACGAAGGAUGUUGAAGGGGCGAAUGAUCGGUUGUUGUGGUUGAGUCCGGCUGGAGAUGAGUAUGUUGAUUUUGGGCAGAGGGAGUGGGAUUUGCUUGUUGCGAAGGAGGCGAGAUUGUAA